AUGUCUGUAUUAACACUUGGUUUAAUUCACCAUAAUCAACCACUGGUGAGUUUGUAUACAUUAUCGUCGAAUCCAUAUAAACGAUAUGAACCAUUUACAACUACAAGACUUGGGCUUUUCAAAUUCCAUGUCGUUAGAUUUUUACAACGAUUAAUUUAUGGAACCAAGCGAUAUCAAGAAUUAUUUCCACCUAUUGAUAAAAUACAAAAAAUCACCAAUACUAAACAACAAACUAUAUUCCCAGUUAAUUGUGCUGCUGAUGAUUUAGAUUUGGGAUUUGGUGAAUCUGAUCAAAUUGAACUUUUUAAUAACCAUCAUGGACAUCACGAGAAUCACCAUUCACAUUCACUUCCACAAAAACAACAACCACAUCACCACCACCAUCAACAACACCUUGAAUUACCUACUUUUGAUGAAUUUUUAAUUCCUUCUGUUCAAACCCAUACACAUUUCCAUCAUCAUCAACUUCCUACUUAUGACGAAGAUGUUAUUCAACCAGUUACCAUGAUUAGCUCACAACACCACCACCACCAACAACAACAACAACAACAACAACAACAACAACCAGUUCAACUUACACUUCCUGGACCAACUACUAACACUGUUGAUAGAACUCCACAAUUGUUGACCACAAACUUUUAUGAUUACUUUAAUGAUUUCAUUACUCAGAAUAAAGAAGAAGUAUCUACUGUCUCAUCAGAAUCUUAUAUCAGUCCAUUAGAUGAUGAAAUACUUGGGGGUAUAAUUCCACUUCUGCAAAGUGAUAAUAAUGAAACACCAAUACAAAGACUUCUUUCUACUUCUUCUUCAGAUUCUUAUCAUCCAUCAUUUGAACAUGAUGAUCAACAACUUUCUACUUCAUGUACAUCUUCAAACUCUUCUAUUCAUCAACAUUUUCACGAACAUUGUUUUCAUAAUGAAGAAGAAGAAGAAGGAAAACUACCUAUUAAACCAGUUGAAGAAAUCAAAUUAAAAAUUGAACCAACUGAUGACCAACCACGUCAAAGAAAAAGAAAACUUGAAUCUUCUUCAGAAUCAUCACCAUCAUCUCCUUGUUCAAAUCCACUUUCCAGAACUACAACUAAUUCAUCAUCUUCACAAAAAUCAUCCACUUCAGUAUCAACUACCAGUAGCACAACAACAACGACAACAAAGAGAUUAUCCAAGAAGAAAAGAAAUGAACCACCAAAGGAAACAACAACCGUAACCACAACAACUAUCACCAAUAAUAUUCAAGUCAAGAAAACCACAACAACUACAGUUGAUGGAGUUACUACAAGUUUAUUUUUCUGUCCACAUCCAGAUUGUAAUAGUGUUUUUAAGGUUAAGGGUUAUUUAACUCGUCAUCUUAAAAAGCACAAUGCAAAUAAAACAUUUAUUUGUCCAUUUUAUGGUCAAGAUUCAAAAUGUCAUCCAAGUGGAGGAUUUAGUCGUCGUGAUACUUUUAAAACACAUUUAAAAGCAUUACAUUUUGUUUAUCCAGCAGGUACUAAAUCACUGGAAAGAAAUUUUAAAUCUGGUAGAUGUGGUGGAUGUUUUUUGUUUUUUGAUAAUAAUGCCGAUUGGUUACAAAAUCAUAUUGAAGCGGGUCUUUGUACUGGAGUUGUAAAUUAUCGUGAAUCUUUAAAUAGUUUGUUAGAUUAG